CUUCUUCAUUAAACCAGAGCGGCUUGUUUGCGUCUUCUGUCGCUCUGUUUGUGCGGAUUGAGCGCCUGCUUAUAGAAACAUGCUUCGGUUUGAUCUCCUCUAAGGAAACGUCUGUUGGCUGUCAUUGGACUUCAGCGGGUUUUUUUUUUUUUAUUGAUAAUGACAUCAGAGGAGGAAGAUGCAGACAUUAUGCUGGAACCCCAGUUUAUCCAAGAGAGUGGGGAAGUGUACAGAAACCCCACUGAGGUGCAGAUGAGCCAGAUUGUGCUGCCCUGCCAUGCCAAUCACUGCGGGGAGCUGAGUGUUGGACAGCUGCUGAAGUGGAUGGACUCCACAGCCUGUUUAUCAGCUGAAAGACAUGCAGGAUGUUCCUGUGUCACUGCUUCUGUUGAUGACAUCCACUUUGAACACACCAUAGGAAUUGGGCAGGUUGUCAAUAUCAUUGCAAAGGUCAACAGAGCCUUCACAUCUAGCAUGGAGGUGGGGAUACUGGUGACUUGUGAGGACCUCUACACUGACAGACAGUGGAAAGUUUGCCAUGCCUUUGCCACCUUUGUUUCCAGACGAACUGAAGCUGGAAAGGUACAGCUCAAGCAGGUGAUUCCUCGUACACAAAUGGAGCAGAUGGAGUACAGCCUGGCAGCAGAGCGGCGGAGGAUGCGGCUCAUCCACGCUGAGAUUAUCACAGACCUGCUGAGCAGCAGCACCGCUCAGCUGGGAGAAUAUCAGGAGUAUGACGAUGCUGUGCCAGCUGAGAAGACACGAGUGGAGAGUGUGGAGCUGGUGCUUCCACCCCAUGCCAACCAUCAGGUCAGCACUUUUGGAGGCCAGAUCAUGGCCUGGAUGGAGAAUGUAGCAACAAUAGCAGCAAGUCGAUUGUGUAAUGCCCAUCCUACCCUGAGGACCAUAGACAUGUUCCAUUUUCGGGGACCGUCUCACAUUGGAGACCGACUCGUGCUGAAAGCUAUUGUUAACAACGCCUUUAAACAUAGCAUGGAGGUGGGAGUUUGUGCUGAGGCCUAUCAGGGUGGAGAACCUCUGCGGCAUAUCAACAGUGCUUUUAUGACCUUUGAGGUGCUGGACAGAGAUAGGAAGCCUUGCACGCUGCCACACCUACGCCCUGAGCCUGUGGAUGGAAAAAGACGUUUUAAAGAAGCUAUUGCAAGAAAGAAGAUCCGUCUUGACAGAAAAUAUAUCAUCUCCUGUAAGCUAACCCAAGUGCCUCUGUCUGUGCCCUGGGAUCCAAGCAACCAGAUAUACCUGAGCUACAACAACGUAUCAGCUCUGAAACUAAUGGAUACCAGAACCAACUGGGUCUUAACGUCAGAAAAGAACAAGGUUAGGCUGUACACACUGGAGGAGAACCACAUGCUUUGUGUCAAGGUGGAGAUGUAUGUCAGCGUCCCGGCAGAGCAGGCGUUCCACCUGUUAUCGGACCUGAGGAGGAGAAAAGAGUGGGACCACCAUUAUGAGCAGUGUGAGGUGAUCAACCAUGCAGAUGAGGAAGACACCCUUUAUCGUAUUGUUACGCCCUCUGUCAGCAAAGGGGGCAAAGGGAAAGACUUUAUCUUGCUUGCAUCUAGGAGGAAGCCAUGUGAUUCCAGGGACCCAUAUCUGAUUGCUCUGCGGUCUGUCACCUUGCCUGAUCACCCGCCCACAGAGGAUUUCUCCAGAGGAGAGGUGCUGUGUGCUGGCUUCACGAUCUGGGAGGAGUCCAAUGCAGUCACCAAGUUCACCUACUACAACCAGGCCACACCUGGAGUCCUUCCCUACUUCGCCACAGAUGUGGCUGGCCUUUCCUCAAGCUUCUACAAUACUUUUACUGCCUGCAGUCAGUUCCUGGAGGCCAACAAGGAUAGUCUUGAUGCUCUGCCACCUUCUUCUCUUUAAUUUCAAUCCCUCUCCCAUAAGCAAAGGACUGAGAUUAACAAGAAAGAAUUUGCAUUAUUAUUAUACAGUUACUUUUUUAACACUGUUUCAUAGAUGCUGGGCUCUAAUGAAAUACGCCAGUAUGAGAUCGUGAAGGACUGUUAGUUUGUACCUUGCAGGUUUUUGUACAAAUCAAAAACAGAUAAAUUAUUUAUGCCUGUUAAGUUUUUUUUAGAGAUUCUUUUUAUGAUAUCUGCAGUUCAGUUUUCUAGAUACAGGAUGAAUAUUUUUGCUAAAAAUCAAUUUGUAGCAGUCCGGGCAUGCUUUCAGAUGGUUGUUUGACUGUGACUAACUCUGUAAAGAUGCUCUAAAAUAAGGUGUAAUGUAUUUUUGUCACAUUUGUAUUUAAAUCUAUUUGAACUGUGAUAGAAAGUUCACAUGUGCCUUUGGUGUCUAGUAGCACUCUGUAAUUUAAAACAACACUAUCAAGUGAACAAAUUAUAUUGUAUUCAGGUGGGCAUUUGGGAUAAAAUGUGAUUAUUUAAGUAAUAAACAUGUUAGAGCUGUGGAUAAUA